GGCAAAGCAUGGGACAAUACUACUAUCAUUCGGGUCUGCAAUAAAUUCAUUCCCUGAUCACAUAAUGUCAAAACUAAUGGAGGCAUUUUCACGCAUAAAUCAACACAUUGUAAUGAGAUACAAAGGUAUUACACCACUGAACAAACCUUCAAAUGUGCUCCUAAUGGAUUGGCUGCCCCAGCAUGAUAUUUUCGGACAUCCCAACACGAAACUGUUUAUCAUGCAUGGAGGUAACAGUGGCCAAUUAGAGAGUGUUGCCCAUGCUGUACCAAUGAUCACUUUCCCUCUUGUUCUAGACCAGAUGCAUAAUGCUGAACGUGCAAAGGCUAGAGGUUAUGGACUUAUUAUGGACUUUAACACAUUCACAUCUGAUGAACUUGUACAGAACAUAAAUGAAAUGAUUGAUAAUAAAACAUACAAAGAUAAUCUUCUCAAAGCGAAGGCUAUCUUAGAUGAUCUUCCUGAUCCACUUCAGGAAAUUGCAUUCUGGGUAAACCAUGUGCUGAAAUUUGGUGGUUCUCAUUUGAAACCAGUUUCGCUGAACAUGCCUUGGUACCAAUGGUUGAUGAUUGAUAUUCUCUUAGUGUUUUUAUUGUUCAGUUUCAUUUUGUAUCAGAUUUUAAAGCACUGUUGUAGGCUAGUUUGGAAAGCCUUGAGUUUGAAAGCAAAGGAAAAGACUGAUUAGCA